AGCCCUCAUUCUCUAUAUAAAUACUCACCAGAAGCACUCCAUUGCGAACAAAAGAUGGAGAGAGAAAGCUGUUUUCCAAAGCCAAAGCUUUAGAGCGACGAAAACUUCUCACAAAUUCUCCAAAACCUUCCGAUCUGUACCUGCCAAACUCUGUCUCCGCUUUAGAUCUUUCUGGCUGUUGUUUUUGGGCGUUCUUGAGCGGCACAGCCAUGUCUUCGCUAAGCAGAGAACUUGUGUUUCUCAUACUUCAGUUUCUCGAAGAAGAGAAAUUCAAAGAAACCGUGCACAAGUUGGAGCAGGAGUCCGGUUUUUUCUUCAACAUGAGGUGUUUUGAGGAUAUGGUAACAAAUGGGGAGUGGGAGGAGGUUGAAAAGUACCUGUCCGGUUUCACCAAGGUUGACGACAAUAGGUACUCGAUGAAAAUCUUCUUCGAGAUUCGCAAGCAGAAGUACCUUGAAGCUUUGGACAAGAGGGAUCGUGCAAAAGCUGUGGAUGUGUUAGUCAAGGACUUGAAAGUGUUUGCCGCAUUUAAUGAAGAGCUUUUUAAGGAAAUUACGCAGCUAUUGACUUUAGACAACUUUCGAGAUAACGAGCAGCUGUCCAAAUAUGGAGAUACCAAGUCUGCUAGGGGUAUAAUGCUUGCUGAACUAAAAAAGUUGAUAGAAGCUAACCCCCUUUUCCGAGAUAAGCUUCAACUUCCUCCUCUGAAGAACUCAAGAUUGCGCACACUAAUUAAUCAGAGUUUAAAUUGGCAGCAUCAACUUUGUAAGAAUCCAAGGCCUAACCCUGACAUUAAGACACUAUUUGUGGACCACAGUUGUGGAACACCGAAUGGUGCACGUGCCCCAUCCCCUGUCACGAAUCCCUUAAUGGGUGCUGUCCCUAAGGCUGGGGGUUUCCCACCACUGAGUGCUCAUGGUCCAUUUCAGCCCACGCCAGCAGCUCUUCCGACGUCUCUUGCUGGAUGGAUGGCUAAUCCAUCUCCUGUGCCUCACCCUUCAGCUUCUGCAGGACCCCUAGGCUUGACUACCGCUAACAAUUCAGCCAUCUUGAAGCGUCCCAGAACCCCCCCUACCAAUAACCCAGCUAUGGACUAUCAAACUGCUGAUUCUGAACAUGUGUUGAAAAGAUCAAGACCUUUUGGAUUGUCAGAUGAGGUCCACAACCUGCCAGCAAAUAUUCUGCCUGUUUUAUACACUGGACAGAGCCAUGGUCAAAGUUCCUACACUACUGAUGACUUGCCCAAAACUGUUGUUAUGACUCUAAAUCAAGGAUCAGCUGUCAAGAGUAUGGAUUUCCAUCCACUGCAGCAGAUUCUACUUCUUGUUGGAACAAACAUGGGUGAUGUCAUGGUAUGGGAGUUAGGUAGCCGUGAAAGGAUCGCUCUUAGAAAUUUCAAAGUUUGGGAUCUUGGAGCACGUUCAAUGCCUCUGCAGGCAUCUAUCACCAAUGACUAUACAGCCUCAGUAAAUCGCGUGAUAUGGAGCCCUGAUGGAACCCUUCUUGGUAUUGCAUAUUCUAAGCACAUUGUGCACAUGUACUCAUAUCAUGGUGGUGGUGAUCUGCAAAACCACUUAGAGAUUGAGGCCCAUGUUGGUAGUGUUAAUGAUCUUGCUUUCUCUUAUCCAAGCAAACAACUCUGUGCUGUCACUUGUGGCGAGGACAGACUCAUUAAGGUGUGGGAUGCAAUCACGGGGACUAAGCUGUAUACUUUUGAGGGUCAUGAAGCACCUGUAUAUUCCGUAUGUCCACAUCACAAAGAAAACAUUCAGUUCAUCUUCUCGACUGCAACCGAUGGAAAGAUAAAGGCAUGGUUGUAUGAUAACAUGGGUUCAAGAGUUGACUAUGAUGCACCAGGCCAUUCAUCUACCAUGAUGGCAUAUAGUGCUGACGGGACGAGAUUGUUCUCAUGUGGGACAAAUAAAGAAGGAGAAUCAUUCUUAGUGGAAUGGAAUGAAAGUGAAGGUGCUGUGAAGCGCACAUAUCAUGGUCUUGGGAAGCAGUCUGUGGGGGUUGUGCAAUUUGAUACCACUAAAAAUCGGUGGUUAGCUGCUGGUGAUGAUUCCUUGAUCAAAUUCUGGGACAUGGACAGAGAUAGAUUAUCAGUAACUACUGAAGCAGAGGGUUCUCUUCCGGCUUCUCCUUGUGUCAGAUUUAACAAGGAAGGAAUACUGUUAGCUGUCUCAACAAAUGAUAAUGGUGUUAAAAUCUUAGCAAAUGCAGAUGGAACUCGGCUACUAAGAACAAUGGAGAAUCGCACAUUUGAUGCUUCUAGAGUUGCUUCUGCGGCUGUUGUUAAGGCCCCUGCAGUAGGCACCUUUGGAUUGGUCAAUGCAACUGUUGGAACAAGCAUUGGAGAUCGAGCUACUCCAGUCGCAGCCAUGGUUGCAAUGAACAGUGAUAGUCGAAGUUUGGACAUAAAACCCAGAAUUGCUGAUGAGUCAGUCGAUAAAUCUAGGAUCUGGAAGCUUACAGAGAUCAAUGAAGCAUCACAAUGCCGCUCCCUAAAGCUCCCUGAUAGUUUUGCAACAAUGAGAGUUUCUAGAUUAAUCUAUACAAAUUCAGGUCUAGCCAUAUUGGCCUUGGCAUCUAAUGCCGUACACAAGCUCUGGAAAUGGCAGAGAAAUGAUCGAAAUUUAGCAGGGAAGGCCACAGCUAGUGUAGUACCUCAAUUAUGGCAACCUCCAAGUGGAAUACUAAUGACAAAUGAUGUAGGCGAUACAAAUCCUGAGGAUGCUGUUCCAUGCUUUGCGCUGUCAAAGAAUGACUCUUAUGUCAUGUCGGCUUCAGGGGGGAAAAUUUCAUUAUUCAAUAUGAUGACAUUUAAGACAAUGACAACAUUCAUGCCCCCACCUCCAGCAGCUACAUUUCUUGCGUUUCACCCUCAAGACAAUAACAUCAUCGCAAUAGGCAUGGAGGACUCUUCUAUUCAAAUCUAUAAUGUUCGGGUUGAUGAGGUUAAGACUAAACUGAAAGGCCAUCAGAAAAGAAUUACAGGCCUUGCUUUCUCUCAUGCUCUAAAUGUGCUUGUUUCAUCGGGAGCUGAUUCUCAGCUGUGUGUUUGGAGUACAGAUGUAUGGGAGAAGCAGGCUAGUAAAUUCUUGCAGAUUCCAAACGGGCGAGCCGCUGUUCCUCUUGCAGAUACACGUGUUCAAUUCCAUCUAGAUCCGAUACAUUUGCUGGUGGUUCAUGAGACACAGAUAGCUAUAUACAAUGCACCAAAAUUAGAAUGCCUUAAGCAGUGGGUCCCUCGGGAAGCCAGUGGUCCAAUCACACAUGCGACAUAUUCCUGUGAUAGCCAGUCAAUAUACGUGAGCUUUGAAGAUGGAAGUGUGGGUGUUCUAACUGCUUCAACACUACGACUGAGAUGUCGGAUAAAUCCGACUGCUUAUCUAUCUCCCAACCCCAGCAUUAGAGUGUACCCUCUUGUCAUUGCGGCGCAUCCAACCGAAUCAAAUCAGUUUGCAUUAGGUCUUACAGAUGGUGGAGUCCACAUACUCGAGCCUUUGGAGUCGGAAGGAAAAUGGGGCACCUCCCCUCCCACUGAAAAUGGUGCUGGACCUAGCACCACUUCUGGUGCAGGUGGUUCAGAACAACCCCAAAGGUGAUGGUUCCAUAUGUCUGUGCAGUGCCCCAAGGAACUUCAGUGUAUGUAUCUCUUGCAUGUGAUUCCUUGUCCCAGACUAUCAGACUGUUAGGUUUUCUAGGGAAACUGUCAAAUUAGGUAAUUAUAGUUUUAGGAUACUUCAACUUAACCUAGUGGAGUUUGCUAGUGGCAGCAUCUUUAUGCCAAUUUCUGGCUAAGCCAUGGUGGCAGUUGAUUCCCUUCAUUUAGCAUGACUGGAGAAGUAUGAGUUUAUGUUGUAAAUUUGGUGGAAGGAUAAGAUCUUACUAUAGUACAACUCAGGGUCAUGAAUUGCUUUGGUCUCAGGCCCUGACUGUUUUAUCAUUUUCCUUUUCACCAAGCUACUCCAAAUUUUUGUCCUCUCUCUCGUUGUGAAACAGACAUUGUAAGGUCUUUCUAUGUUCAAAAUAUAAUUUUGGUUACUCUGUCCAUGGUUUAACCUUCCAUGACUAAUGACUUCCUGAUACAGUUGAUAGUAAUAAGAAAUUGGCUCUUUCCACGU